GCAAAGUGUCAUAUGUUCUGAGAAAAAAAAACAGAACCAUUCUUCACGCCGAUCAUCGGAAAUAAUAGAACAGAGACUACGACAGCACCUGGCCUUUCCGUACGCGGAUUGAAACGAAGCUUGAAGAAUAAAGCUUCUCAUCGCGAUUCACCCCGGCUAGUUCCUCCGAUUGAUGUCUUCAUGAGUUGUCUCUCUGGUCUCCGUGUUUUCUGGGAGAAGAGAUUGAGAGCCUGCAGCCGAACAGCCGGUGAGAACGCAGCAGACGACGCUGUUGCCGACUCGUGGGACCUCUUCUUCGAGCUCCGUGUCCUGCAAAUCGCCACCAAUGCCUUCUCCGAACUUAAUAAGCUCGGUCAUGGAGGCUUCGGUCCCGUAUACAAGGGCUUGAUGCCAAGUGGCCAACAAAUAGCUGUGAAGAAGUUAUCAUUAGAUUCAAGACAGGGGCUCAGAGAAUUCACUAAUGAGGUGAAACUGUUACUAAAAACUCAGCACAAGAACUUGGUCACGUUAUUGGGUUGUUGCGCAGAAGGGCCUGAGAAGAUGCUUGUUUAUGAAUAUCUUCCUAACAAAAGCCUUGAUUACUUUCUCUUUGAUAAAAGCAAGUCUGCAUCCCUGGAUUGGACGACACGAUUUCGGAUAGUAACAGGUGUUGCAAGAGGUCUUCUCUAUCUACAUGAAGAAGCGCCAGAAAGGAUCAUUCAUAGAGACAUCAAAGCUAGUAAUAUAUUGCUGGACGAGAAUUUGAACCCAAAAAUUUCAGAUUUUGGCUUGGCAAGGCUAUUUCCUGGGGAAGACACCCAUGUAAAUACAUUUAGGAUUUCCGGUACUCAUGGUUACAUGGCCCCUGAAUAUGCAAUGCAUGGAUAUUUGUCCGUGAAGACAGAUGUUUUCAGUUAUGGAAUUUUGGUGUUAGAGAUUGUUAGUGGCAGAAAGAACCACGAUGGACAGCUUGGUGCAGAGAAGGCAGACCUUCUGAGCUAUACAUGGAUGCUGCAUCAAAAACGGAGGGCAUUGGAAUUAGUUGACCCAAGCUUAACCAAGUUCAAUAAUGAUGAGGCAGCAAUGUGCAUUCAGCUAGGAUUGUUAUGUUGUCAACAAACUGUUGCUGAGAGACCCGACAUGAGCACUGUUCAUCUCAUGCUUUCAAGUGACUCAUUUACUUUGCCCAGACCGGGUAAGCCUGGAAUUCAAGGCCGUGGAGGACGAUGGACUACUACCACGGGGUCUACCUUCACUCGUACCAAUGCUACUGCUAGCACAAAUACCGGUUCUACCAAGGUUUCUGGAGGCAGUAGUAUUGUGGAGGAGUUCUCUAGAAAUUCUAUCUCUGUUUCUUCCAUUGACGAAGGAAGAUGACCUGCAUUUAUAUCCUGUAUAGCGUAAUUAGUUUUAUUCAUAUCAUGUAAAGAUCUUUUUCCAAUUUUCUGCUAUUUCUUGUUC